AUGUCCACUCUAAUACGAACUGAUGUAACAUCAGUAAAAUUAUAUAAAGACAUUAUUUUAGCAGGUAUUGGUAGUUUCCUAUGCACAUUCAAUAUUAAAAAUAGCAAACCAAUUCAGAAAAUUCAAGCAUUGGACGGACAAAAGAUACAUGGAAUUAUUCCAUCAAAUUGUCUUACUAAAUUACUUAUAUUUGGAGGAAAACAGUUUGUAAUAUUCAAUGAAAUUGAAUCUAUAUUUAAACCUCGAGGUGAUGCUGUAGUUUAUGAUGAUUGGAUUCACACAGCAGUUUGGUUGUCAGAGAACGAAAUAGCCCUGUUGAGUGCACAUAAUGUGGUGACGACUUGGGACAUUACAACAACAAAACUCCUACAGCAGCAUAUUAAUAAAGACAACUCUAUACUCUACAGUGGACUACUUCAGCCACUACAGCAUGACAUCCUGGUGUUUAGUGGCACCGUGUACUCACAGGUCAUCCUACAAUGGUUUGGUGAUGAACAGCCUUUGCACUAUUUAAAAGGACAUAAAGGAGUUAUAUUCUCUAUCAGAUGUAACCUACAAAAAGGCAUUAUUGUGACCACAUCAGAUGACAGAUCGGUUAAGAUUUGGUCUGUAACAUCAGCUUGUUCUGACUACAAUAUUAAAACUUACUGGAAAAAUGCUCAUAUAGAUUGUGUUCAUGAUUUAUACGGUCACUUGGCACGGGUGAUGAGGAACACUCUUACUAAUUUAUACAUAAUAUCAGUGGGUGAAGACUCAGCAAUAUGCUUUUGGGAUUACAACGGGAACCUGCUGAAGAAAACUAUAUCUCAUCAAAACUCCUGUAUUUGGUCUUUAGACGCCGAUGAAACUAAUUUAGUCACUGGCGGAGGCGACUGUGGGAUUAUGAUGCAUCCCCUCUCAUCUGUAACUCACAAUAGUCAUGAUGAAGUCAUUGACAUCAGCGUCACACCAAAAAAAAUUCUCUUCACAGCUCGAAACAAUAUUGUCAUAACCAGGGUUGACAACAUUUUAAAUUAUUAUAACUCUAACUUUAGUAAAAUACAAGAAAUUAAAUUGAAUCACACCUCUACCUACCAACUGGUCGGCCUGUCUUCAUGUAAACAACUUAUAGCUGUGGUGGACAUGGAUGGUCACUUAGACAUAAUUAUAGAAAAUUGUAAAGGAGACCCGGGACUGACAAAGAUUAUAGAAACACAGCUGCAUCUAGGAAAAAUUCUAUCAAUGCAGUGGGCCGGGAACAGACAUUUAGUUUUCUGUUCUGAAGGUGGUGUUAUUACAGUCGGAGCCUCCAAAAGAAAUACCAUCGAGAUCAUUGCUAGGUACCUCCUACCGCCUUGCAAAGAAAGAUGGCUGACUGCCAGCGCUCUCAAUGACACCAGAGACGCAUUGGUCGUAGGGGACCGCUGUGGACACGUACACUUGUAUGAGUCGCGACGACAACAACCAGCUUAUACGAUGAAGAGAGUUCACGGAAGAUACGGCCCUACCUCCAUCGAUAUAAGAAACGAUAUCGUCAGAACGACCGGCAGAGACGGGACGGUCCGGUACUUGAAGAUUAUUGAGAGUGGACUCAAGUAUAUGAGUUGUAAAGACUUGGAGUUCGAGUGGGUUGAAAAGUUUCUAGACUCGCAAGGGAAGUACCUCUGUGGCUUCAGGGAGAGGAGUCUGGUCGUUUAUGAUGUAGAGAAUGACCUGAAGGUAGUGGACGUGUCGUGCGGAGGAGGGCACCGGGCCUGGGACGCCGAGCGGUACAUUGAGAACAACCACGGGUGUUACGACGAGUGGCUCAGGAUCAUGUUCGUUAAGAAUACGCAGGUGUACGUCCACACGUUCCGUCUGAGAGACAUCGUGUCCACAGUUAUAUUGCCCGGGACACAUUCUAAGGAGAUCAACUGUUUGAGGACUUACCGCUGUCGAGACGACGAUCCGGUCACGUGGUUCAUAACAGGAGGAGAAGACACCACACUGAGAGUGUCCACCUCGGAACAGGAAGCAGAGUUCAGAGACCGAGCGGUGUUCAGGCAUCUGUCAAACGUACGGGCGGUGAGGCUGUUGAGUGUGGCAAAGGACGAAACGCUGGUGGUGUCGGCGGGAGGCAGGGCGCAAAUAUGUAUCAGAAGCAUCACCUUCACUGAUAGGAAAGUGACGGCAGAGGAACUCGUUGACUAUCAGAUAAAAGGAACGGACAAGGAAAGAAGGGGAAACCAAAACUGGAGAAACUGUUCCGUAGACUUCGACCCGGAGACCAGGAUCAUGGACGUGGUAGUGGACGAACUGAAUGAAGACAGAGUCGUGAUAUACACGGCGUGCUCUGACGGUGAGGUGAGGGUGUUCGAGUGGAACAGACGAGGAGGACGGUUCACUAUGACGCAGGAGGUCAGACAUCACAGGACCUGUAUACUGAAAAUGAAAAUGUUUACAUGUUGUAAUAAAAAAAUAAUAAGCACGUGCGGGACGCGAGGAGACGUGGCCUUCUGGGAGGUCAGCUCGGACGGGACCCUGGCGGAGGAACCGGCCCUCGUCCUUAGGACCAACGACUCGGGGAUCAAUAGUGUCGACGUUAAGGUGACCGGCGACUGUCAGUUCCUGUUGGCCACCGGCGGAGAUGAUAACGCGGUCCAUAUGAACCUCGUGCGAGUGGCCGGAGAGGGGAGGUGGGUGGUGGUGACGUCACACGUGUACAGGGACGCGCAUUGCUCACAAGUGACGGGACUGGCGCUGCUCGACGGUCUGUGUGUGACGACCGGCGUGGACCAGAGACUCACCUCGGUGUCGUGGCGUGUGGAGGGAGAGGAGAUCAAAACGGAAUUCAUCGACCAGAAGUACAGCGACGUGUCCGACAUACACGGAAUGGACGUCGUGCGGGACACGGGAGACCGGCUCACGGUGUGUGUCUACGGUAAAGGCAUCCAAGUCUUCGAGUUGCUGAGACCACCGUGUGUGGCGUGA